CUGGCAAAGCUCAGUCAGCACCGGGACUGCAGUAGGGAAGGUGACAGCUCCCGGCAAUGAGCACCCUGGGCUGGGACCCGCUGAAGGAUGAGGGGCAACAAGGUGAUGGUCCUGGCCACCUGUCUGGGUUCCUUCGUCCUCGUCCUGUUUUAUUUCCAGAGCAGCCUGAGCUCAGCUGAGGAGCAGUUCCUGGGGAGCAGCUGGCAUGGGAAGCCCCGGCGGAGCCCGCUUCAGGCGCUGUAUGAGAGUGACCAGGUGGAACCCUCGUCCAUCCAAGUGAUUCACCAAAAGCGCAGGGAGCUGCUGGCCAGCGCUUGUAAAACCUACACUCGCAAGAGGCGUGUUUUAACCUCUAGUGACCUCAAGCAUCUGAUCGUGGAUGAUGUCCAUGGACUGCUAUAUUGCUAUGUACCUAAAGUGGCAUGUACCAACUGGAAGAGGGUCAUGAUGGUCUUGACUGGUCAAGGGAAGUACAAAGACCCUACGAUGAUCCCAGCCAAUGUGGCUCACAUCCCCUCCAAUCUCCGUUCCCUAUCAGAAUUCAGCACCGCUGAAAUAAACUACAGGCUCCGGAACUACCUCAAGUUUAUCUUUGUGCGUGAGCCAUUUGAAAGGCUAGUGUCUGCCUACAGGAAUAAAUUCACUCGCAAAUACAAUACAGAGUUUCACAAGCGUUAUGGGACCAAGAUAAUAGAGAGGCAUCGUAGGGAUCCCUCUGACCAAGCCUUGCAGCAGGGGGAUGAUGUCACUUUUGAGGAGUUUUUGUACUACCUUGUGGACCCUGCAACUCAGAGGGAGGAACCUUUUAAUGAGCAUUGGGAGCGGGUCCACUCUCUUUGUCACCCCUGUAUUGUGCACUAUGACGUGGUAGGAAAAUAUGAAACUCUGGAGGAUGAUGCCCAGUACUUGCUGCAGCUCAUUGGAGUGGGAGACUUUGUAAAAUUCCCCUCAUCUUCCAAAAGUACCCGGACCACAGAAGGGAUGGCUGCAGGGUACUUCCAGGGCUUGAGCCGAUUCUAUAUGCGCCGACUCUUUAACCUAUACAAGAUGGACUUCCUUCUCUUUAAUUACAGCAUUCCUCAUUAUUUGUAGUACCUUGUGCUUUGGAAGGGAUGACUGGGGCCUGGCGCUCCUUUACACUCCUCAGCUGGGGCCAGGAGUAGACACUCCCAAGCCCUUUUAUAACAUGAAUACUUGUAGUAAUUUAUUAAAGGAUGCCUUAUUCCUGGGCUGUGACUGAGCCACUGAGCCCAGAUACAGUUUAUUUAGCGCCAUUCAGCAUUUACUGGAGUGCGUGAAGUGUAGACUCUUGUGUAGCAAUACACUCUACAGACUGAUUGUUCUGGCUAAUAAUAUUUGUGCUUCAAGGAAUAAAUGUCACAAAUGAGUGGUUAAUCUGGGACCUGAAACAAAAUAGCAGCUGUACUGAGCCCCCACUAUAAUGUGUUUGGUGUUAACCCUUUCACAGCCUGAAGCAUGUGUAAGUAGAAUACAGCUGACCAUCAGAUAAUGUAUGAAAUGGUUUCAGACUGGUUGUGAGAGCUUUCUGUGAAUAAAAUCUGAGAGAGAAGAAAUGUACAGUGGAGCACUAAUGAAAUUGCUACAAUAAAGAGUCACAUUGGGGUGGGGUAUUGUGCCUUAGUGUACGGCCGGACAUUCUGCUGAUUUCUCUGUAGAAACUAGUGCAAUACAACUGUGUUUUUAUAAAUCAAA